GUUAUUAGCAAAUUUUCAAACUUGCUUUGAGAAACGUUUUACUGUAAUUCCUUCGUGCAAAUACGUAACUUAUGAUUUGAGUUCCCCGCCACUUUCGUCUCGCACGACUGACGCGUCUUUUUCUUCCUAGUGAGAAUAAAAGUAACUAAUUCCAUCGCGAAGUAUAACAAGUGCUUUCAUGACUUUGAAAAUUUCCAAAAGAUGGAUUCAUCCUUCAAACUCAAAAUAGGAUAACAACCAAAGAAACUGUGACGUCAUGAAGUUCUACGCAAGUAAAUAGAAGUCGAAAAAAUAUUUUCGAUCGAUAUCCUAUGUCUAUAAAUUCCCAGUGGUUGCAAGAGAAUAUAUUUUCCUAAUUCCAAUAAUUGUUCAACGUAAAUAAUCAGCGGAAUUAUGAAAAAGGAUUAAUUGACGUUCGUAAAAUAAAUUUUUACACGGAUAAACAAAUGGAGAAAUGUAUUCGACAACGCCGUGGUUUCAGAGUAUUCGCAAGACUGUCGGACCUUUAUUAAAACAGCAAUCAAUAUUUGGACGAAUUAUAUCAAUCGUGGCGAAAUGAUCCAAAAUCAGUGGAUGCAUCGUGGGAUGCAUAUUUUAAAAUUAUGUCAUCCGAAAGUCCUGCAAUACAGGAAGAAUCGUCAUACUCAACGUCAUCGCCGGUACGAGUUGCCUUCGGUGCAACAGUAGUCCCGCCAAAUUUACAAUUAGCACAUAAAGAAACUUCUUUACCAAGACAAAGCUCUAGAGCUAAAUCAGAUGCAGAAAUUCAAGGUGACAACUACAUAGUUGGUGCAUUGGAAGUGAACGCAACUAUUCGAGCAUACCAAACGAGAGGACAUUUAAUUGCCAAUGUCGAUCCUCUUGGCAUUCAAAAUCCAGAAUCCAGUAAACUUCAAGGUACAGCCAAUUUACCGCCAUCUGUAGUGGUACGACAGCAUUUGAAGGGUAUGACGGAUGCUGACAUGGCAAAGGAAUUUCCGCUUGGGUCGAUAACGUUGAUAGGCGGCGAAAGGAAGUCUUUACCUCUUCGUGAUAUUAUCACUAGACUCAAUGAGGUUUACUGUGGUCAUAUUGGUCUCGAAUAUACCUACAUACAUGAUUUAAACGUCUUGGAUUGGAUGCGUCAGAAAUUCGAGGUGCCACGUGUUUGGGAAUUGACAGCUGAUCACAGAAAAUGGGUUUGGAACAAUAUUAUGAAGGCGGUGUCUUUCGAAGGUUUUUUGGCAAAAAAAUAUGGGGCUGAAAAACGUUUUGGUCUUGAGGGUAGCGAAGCGUUUAUCGUCGCCAUGACUCAAUGCCUUGAAACGUCCGCGGAGAAAGGUGUCGAGACUGCGGUAAUAGGGAUGGCGCAUCGUGGACGCCUCAAUACAUUGGUGAACGUCUGCUCGAAGCCGAUGGCUCAGUUGUUCACGCAAUUUAAUCCAGUUACUCUGGAAGGCUUAGAAUCCGGUGACGUUAAGUAUCAUCUUGGAACGCAUACGGAAAAGCUUUUAGAAAGGAGCGGUAAAAAAAUUCGAUUGGCUAUUAUGGCCAAUCCAUCCCACUUGGAGACAGUGUCGCCCGUGGUCGUUGGUCGCGUCCAUGCGGAGCAGAUAGCGAAAUCAGAUGCCAAAUAUGACAAGUCUGUUGCUAUAUUGGUCCAUGGAGAUGCUGCGUUCGCUGGACAAGGAGUCUGUUACGAAACUAUGCAUUUGACUCAUUUACCUGAAUACACAACAGGCGGCGUAAUUCAUGCUGUUAUUAAUAAUCAAAUUGGAUUCACGACUGAUCCAAGAUAUUCAAGAUCAAGUGCUCAUUGUACGGAUGUAGGUCGUGUGGUUAAUGCUCCUAUAUUUCAUGUCCAUGCUGACGAUCCUGAUUUGGUAACUUACUGUAGCAAGGUAGCAGGGGAAUACAGGGCUGAAUUUCACAAUGACGUUGUACUGGACGUGGUGGGAUAUCGUAGAAACGGACAUAACGAAAUGGACGAGCCUAUGUUAACUCAGCCAAUUAUGUACAAGCAAAUAAAAAAGCAUCCAAACGUUCUCAGCAUAUACAGCGACAAGCUUCUAAAGGAAGGUGUCAUAACAGAAUCUUACAUUAAAGAAGAAAUUCAAAAAUAUCAAGAUCACUGCGAAUCCGAAUUCAAAAAGGCUCAAAGCAUCAGUUCCAUGCAAUUAAGCGAUUGGCACGAUGUACCUUGGGAUGAAUUUUUUGCUAAUCAAAAUCCAAAAUCCAAAAUUCCUCCCACGGGUAUUCCAGAAGCAGAAAUUAGAUCGUUAUCCUCGGCAAUCUCCACGAAACCCAAUGAUAUAAAGACUCACAAUCAGGUCGAUAGGUUACUCGAAAAGAGAAAGAGACUAAUGGAAUCGCGCCAAUUGGAUUGGGCAAUGGGUGAGAGUAUAGCGUAUCUCAGUUUAUUAAAGAAGGGACACCAUGUUCGUCUAUCCGGACAAGAUGUUGAACGUGGAACAUUUUCACACAGACAACAUGUCUUGCACGAUCAGGAUCGUGAUAAAACGUGGAAGAAUAUAUUGCAGGAUGUAUAUCCUGGACAAGCUUUGUACACUGUGUCAAAUUCUUCCUUAUCAGAAUACGGUGUAUUAGGAUUCGAAGUUGGAUAUGCUGCGUACAAUCACAAUUCUUUGGUUAUCUGGGAGGCUCAAUUUGGAGACUUUGCCAAUAAUUGUCAAGUAAUUAUCGAUUCCCUUAUGUGUUCCGGGCAAGCAAAAUGGGGUCGACAAGUCGGAGUUGUUUUACUUUUACCUCAUGGUAUGGAAGGUCAGGGACCAGAACACUCUUCUGCAAGAGUUGAAAGAUUCUUACAAUUAUCGGAUGAUGAUUGCACGUAUCUACCGGGUAAGGAACCAAAUGGACCCCGUAACGAAACAAAAGAGGAAAUCAUGACACGACAGCUUUUCGAGAUCAAUUGGAUAGUCUGCAAUAUCACUACGCCUGGAAAUUUCUUUCAUCUUUUACGAAGGCAAAUACUUAUGCCUUUUCGAAAACCAUUGAUUGUUAUGACACCUAAAUCUCUUUUACGCCAUCCAAUGGCAGUGUCAACUUUCGAUGAAAUUGGACCGAACACGUCUUUUCGCCCGAUAAUACCAGAUACUACUCCCACCAAUCCACAAGCGAUUAAAAAAGUUUUGAUAUGCACUGGAAAGAUGUAUUACGAUGUUCAUGCAGAACGAGAGGAGCGUAAAAUGGAUGACAAAAUCGCGAUAGUUCGUAUCGAACAGCUGUGUCCGUUUCCCUACCACUUGCUUGCCGAGGAAGUCUCGAAAUUUACAAAAGCCAAGAUAAUGUGGGUGCAGGAGGAACAUAAAAAUCAAGGACCCUAUUACUACGUGAGAGAUAGAAUAGCACUGGCCCUAGGAUUACCUUUGGAAGCGAUUAAAUAUGGCGGACGACCAACUUCCGCUUCGCCGGCUACUGGUAGUAAAAUGAUAUAUAAAAAGGAGUAUGCCGAUAUGAUGGCCAUGGCUAUGAACCUUGAGUGAAAUUUGCAUUGGCUGUAAUCUAAUGUAGCGACUAAGUUACUAUUACUCACUAGCUUUAGAUACGAGUAACGAGGAUCCGAUCAAGAUAUUGAAGAAACAAAGUUUAAAUCGUGACUCCUAUUUUAUUCUAUUUUGUAGGCCUGUACUGGACUGUUUUAUGUAAUAGAAUUUUUUACAAUUU